AUGGAAGGCAGUUCAACUCCAACUCCAAGUGCUGGUGGGUCAGCAAAGACUAAUAGCAUGAUCUACAUUUGUGGAGAAUGUCACAGCGAGAAUGAAAUCCGUCCAAAGGAUGCGAUCAGAUGUCGAGAAUGUGGUUACAGGAUAUUGUAUAAAAAACGUUGCCGGAAGUUGAUGGUUUAUGAUGCACGUUGA